AAAAACAACGUUGGUAUGGGGUUCUUUUGUUUACCAAUAAAAUGUUAUCACGUUGCUGUUACGGGCAAUUUAAAUGACGGUUGGAGGCUGAACAGCUUCAUAACAGCCAUGUUCACAUAGUCAUCAUUAAUAGUUAAUGAUUAAAAAUGUGCCACUGAGCAAAGAAUAUGACAAAGAGAGAACAAAAGAUGUUUGGUUUCUUUAAGCUCUGAUGAGAUAAUAAUAGUGUAUGGUGUCAAAAGAUAUUUUUUAUACCAAACGACAAUAGUUCAAUCCAUUAGCAAAUUCAAACUAUAGUCUAAAGAUUUUAGAUAUAAACUGGUCCAUUCUCUCGACUGCCAUUAUGAGAGCUAUUUUUGGGUUGGACAGAUCACACUCACUCAAUCCAGAAGGCUCCUCAUUUCUUCCAGAAUAAUCCAGGCCUUUCCUCAUAUGCUGGUCCACUGGUCACCUCCUUUCCUUUCCUUUCCUUCCUGCAGGGAUUAACCAGGAAAUCCAAGGGAGUAGGCAAGGGGAUUAGCUCCUCAGAUUAAAGUGGCCAUCAUCUUCAAACCCCGGGCUAAUCCGACCAUCUGUCAAGAGAGCAGCCAGCAAAACUCGAUCCACAAUGGGCUAAUUAGGAAAAGCUGCAGGCCACCGUUGACAGGAGAAGGAGAAGAAGAAGGAAUUGUCUUCCAUCAGAGCAGGUUCUAUAGGUUCUUCACGGGCCUUCGUUUCACAGCAGAAAGCACACAGCAGGUAGCCUGAAGAUGGAGGAUACCUAUCUUCUCGAUAUGCCAACCGUCAAGAAGAAGAUUCUUGCUGGAGGAACGGGGCCGAUGCCACAUUUCCCCUCCGGCACUAAGGUGGUGUUCCACUUCCAGACGCUGCUGGAUGACUUUGAGCGCACGGUGAUCGACGACAGCCGCCUGGCCAAGAGGCCGGCCGAGAUCUUUGUGGGCAAGAUGUUCAAGAUGGAGGUGUGGGAGAGUCUGCUGACGUCCAUGCGGGUGGGAGAGGUGGCCGAGUUCUGGUGCGAUGCGGUGCACACUGGUUUGUACCCUAUAGUGUCCAAGGGGAUGAGGCUGAUUGCCCAGGGGAAGGACCCUCUGGACGGCCAGAGGCACAUGUGUGGCUUGGGCAACAUGUUCCACUACCACUCCACGGGUUACCCAGAGCUGGACGAAAUCAUGAGGACCCCCCAGCCGCUCAUCUUCAUCAUGGAGCUGCUGCAGGUGGGAGACCCCAUGUCCUACCAGCGUGAGUCCUGGUUGAUGGAGAAGGAUGAGAAGAUGCGCACCGUGCCUCUGCUCCACUUCCAGGGCAACUCGCUGGUCAAGAUGAAGCGCUACGAAGAGGCCGCCAGCAAGUACAAGGAGGCGGUCCUACUGCUUAAAGUCGUCCAAUCAAGGGAAAUGCCCGGCGACAUAGACUACAUCAACCUGGGCCGCAUGGUCAUCCCUCUAGAGCUGAACUACUGCCAGUGUAUGCUGGAGCUGGAGCAGUACUACGAAGUCAUCGAACACGCCAGCGAACUGCUAGGGAAACACAAAGACUGUGUGAAGGCCUACUACAAGAGGGCCAAGGCGCACGCGGCCGUGUGGAACGAGAAGGAGGCGCGGCGGGACUACAACAUGGUGCUGAACCUGGACCUGACGCUGGCCGGGCUGGUCCACCGCGAGCUCCGGGAGCUGUCGGACCGCAUGAAGGAGAAGUACUGGGAGGAGAAGGAGCAGUACUGGCAGAAGCUGGACAGCAGCCCCCGCGGCAGGGAGACGAGGGAGAGGAUGGGAGGAAAGGAGGGGCGUGUCAGGGGGGGGAAGGUGAGGGCCAUGGGGGCGGGGUCGGUAAGGGUGACGAUCAAGAGACAGGGCGUGGCACCGGGACGGAGAGAGUGCAGGUUGCCGGCGGCCACGGCCGCCCGGAGGAGAUGGACUGGCAGCAGAUGCUGA